AUGGACAAUCUUCUCAAGUUCAUUAUAACUGUUUUACUUUCUCUUCUUUUUAUCAGAUACUGUAAUGGAGGCGAGUUUAUCGAAUCAAAAUCAUUUAUCAAAUUUCUUGUUGCUCUUGAUCCAAACAAUGUACUAAACGUUGAUCGAAAUGCUUUGCUUUCUUACCCUUGUUGCUACAAAUUACAUGGUGUUAAGUGUGAUUCACGUUCCGAAGAAGUCAUAGAAAUAAGACUUGAGAACAUGAAUCUAAGUGGUGUAAUUGAUGCAGAGUCACUCUGUAAACUCUCAAACUUGAGAGUCCUUAGCUUAGCUAGGAAUAAGAUUGAGGGAACAGUUCCUGAAUCGAUAUCAUCGUGUAAAAGUUUAACUGUUCUUGAUCUAAGCAGCAACUUUCUAAGUGGAAACUCAUUAGUACUUAUGCAGUCAUUGACAAGGAUCAAGAAUCUGAAAAAACUUAACAUUUCUAAGAACAAUUUCACUUCCUCACAGCAUAUAACAAGUCUACACGCUUUGAGACGUGUAACUAUUAAAGAAUCUUCAUCUUCAACUACAGUAAGUGACGAUAAGAAGACAAAGAAUCAUCAUGUGAGUCUGAUGGUUUGGGUCCUCAUAUCUCUUGGAACUGUGGUUGUGUUAGUAGUUUUAGUAUUCUUGUAUAUGAGGUGUGUUGGGACGGUUAAGGAUAAGGAGGUUAUAAAGGAAGUAGUUGAUUACCCGUCUCCUCGAAAAACUCCCUUAGAUGAAGUUGUGGAUGGAGUGUGUGACACUGAAGAGAAAAGCUCAGAACUUUACUUCUUCAUGGAAGAUGUUGAGAAGUUUACGAUGGACGAUCUUCUUGAAGCAACUGCUAACUUAACAAAGCAAGGCAUUUGCAGCAGCCUUUAUAAGGUUCAUAUCAGUAGAAGUGGUGUGUUUGCUGUCAAGAGACUGAAGAAACUACAAGUGGGGUUCAAGGAGUUCUCGCGAACAAUGAAAAAGAUAGGGAACUUGAAGCAUCAAAAUGUACUUCCACUUGUUGCUUAUUACUCUAGCAAUGAUGAAAAAAUGCUCAUCUACAAAUAUCAGAACAGUGGAAGUCUACUAACACUUUUCGGAAGUAAGUAGUCAAGAACUUCAAAUUUCUCAUCUUGUAAUUCAGAAAUUUAUAUCAUAUUGUUGUUGUUUAUUGUUGCAGAUUAUGCAGAGGGGAAAUGGAACUUCCCCUGGAACUUAAGGCUUUCGAUUGCAGUAGGCAUAGCAAGAGGUCUCGCGUACUUAU